CAUCUACAACUUAUACAGUUACUGGUAGCUACAUAAAUAAGGGAAAAUGGCGCCGUUGGCGAUUACGCUUUAAAUGUAAUUAUUUUGACACAUUUUUUUGGUUCAAAUUAUAGCCCAAAUUCAUGUAUUUAUUUAUUCUCUUCUCUAAAAUUAGCGUUUCAACCUUCGCGAACGUCAAUGUGAAAUGGGUGCAAGAUACACCGUGGGGUGACGUCAGUAACACGCGCUCUAUACGUCACCAAGUUGUAUCGUCGGGAGAAUAAAAAAAAUCUGCGUUUAUUAUACCUUAUUUCUAGUCACGAAUAAAAAAUAUAUUGUGAUAAGGAAUAUUCAAUAAGUUAAACGAUGCUAUUGUAACAAAGGCGCACUUCGGUAUUUGCAGAAUAUACUGGCGCUCCUUCCAAUCAGUUGCUGAGUGUACAGUUACUUUAGCAACCACACAACAAGAACGUCGGCAAAGGCCAAAGGAAGGGAAAUGGAGGGGACCAGUGAGCUUUCUCCAGUCAGGGGCAAGCAGAGCAUUUCAGAGGUGAACUUUAUGGAGGCGACAAAGACGUCUGUUGCCUCCACUUCCGCUCCUCUUUUUGGAACCUUCAAGGAAGAACACACCAACAUCCCAGAGGCAGUCGACGACUUUAUCAGGAACUUCCUGCAGAGAAUUGGCCUGAGCCGGACUCUGGACUGUUUUGAGGUCGAGUGGUACAGCUCAGCUCAGAAACUCCUGACAGAGCCCUUGUUGACAGCUCCCCCACCACCGGGCGCUCUCGUCAUCCCCGAUGCCCUCACGCACAAACAACUCCUUCAGUCCGAACUGCAGAAGGUCUACACAGAGACGAACCGAUUCAAAGAGGAGGUGCUGUCUGCAGGGGACAGCCUCGUGAGGCUCCAGAGGGACCGAGAUCUUCACCGGCUGCACUGCCAGAAACUCGUGGCUGACAAAAUCCGUCUGAUGGAGGACAUCAAGCGGCUGAAGAAACGCCUGGCGGCCUAUGAGCCGGCGCUGAGGCAGCUGGAUGACAAAUACGAGGCAGCCCUGAGACAGAAGAUGCUUCUCGGUUUGGAAAGUGAACGGAUACAGAACAACCAGAAUGCCGGUCUGCUUCUGGACAAAACCCGACCCAAGAUGGAGAGACGCACCAAGAAGAGCGCAACCCAACUGCCAAGCCUCCCCAGACACCCAAAGGACACGGAGGUUCCUGUCUGCAGCAGGCCGCUGAAGCUUCAGCGCGCUCAGGGAAAUCCCGGAGAACAGAAAAGCCUGAAUUCAUUCAAGCUGUUCUAUUCCAUCAAAGCCCACGCGCUUCCCAUAAGCUGCAUCAGCCAACUUCCCGGGAAAAAAAUCCUCGCCAGCGCCAGUGAUGACUGCAGUUGGAGGCUGUGGGCACUGCCAGCCAGCAGGGAGAAGGUGGGCCAGAUGGUCCUGACGGGUGAAGGUCACUCCGAUUGGCUGUCCAGCUGCAGUUUUCACCCAGAAGGAACGAAACUGGCAACAACCAGUGGAGACACCACAGUAAAGUUCUGGGAUUUGUUUUGCGGACGUUGUGUGUUGACAUUCUCCGGUCAUAGCCAACCCACCUGGGGGUGCUCCUUCCACUCAUGCGGUCACUUCCUGGCGUCCUGCUCCUCGGAUAAAACCACCAAACUGUGGGACCUGAAUAGCCAGCGCUGCCGGCUGACCAUGCGUCGCCACACCGCUUCCGUCAACAGCGUCUGCUUCCAGUCCUUCUCCAACACUCUCCUCACUUGUUCGGCAGAUAAAACUCUCGCCCUGUGGGACAUCAGACUCGGUGUGUGCACCGCAUCCUUCGUCGGACACCAGCAUCCCUGCAAUCACGCCACUUUGGGCUUUGCCGAGGAAGUGGUGGCGUCCUGCGACACCCGCGGCAUCGUCAACCUGUGGGACAUCCGGAGGCCCGCCUCGCCCCUUCGCACGAUAGACGCCGGGCCCCUCAGUGCCAAUCAGGUGGCGUUCAAUCCAUCGAGGAAGAUGCUGGCAAUCGCAAGCAGCGAUAGUUUGGUCAGACUGGUGGAUGUGGAUUCCUGCAAAGUCAGCAGCCUGUCCGGACAAAGGGACAGCGUGCAGAGCGUCACCUUUGACCCCACGGGAAAAAUGGUCCUGUCUGCAGGCAGUAAUGGGCUCAUUAACGUAUGGAUGUAGACAGUCGAGGGGAUCAGCGUCAAGUUUUUUUUCAUUGCUUUAAAAUGUUUUGUUUUAAGGCACAACAAAGACAAUUGUAGAGUGAUUCACCAUUUUAUGAACAUUCAUUCAUUUCAAACAGCGUUAUUCUGCUGCGCAACAAAAUGUAGAA